AUGUCCGUUGCCGUCAGGGAAUCGCCCAUCUUCCACGGUGAAGAUGUAGUUCUUGCCGAUGCCUUCGACACUCGCGCCCCGAACCUUCAUCCCUCGAGAGAACGAUACCGGCCGAGAGAAAUGUCCAUCGCCGACGAGGAUGAAGAGGAUGUGGGCAGCGCAGCCAAUGAGGUGGCUGCCAUCAUGACCGUCACGUCGUCAACUCCAGCCACACUCGGCCCGUCGAGUCCACCGCUAGAUGCCUCCAAAACGGCCGACUUCGUACCGCCCACCCGCCCGAGUAGUACACCCUUCCCCAAUGCCCAGCAGGGCCAGACCGACAUCCGCUGUCUGACAUGUCAACCGGACUGCUUUGGCUCGGAUGAUUGUAUGGAUACCGGCCCGCCGCCCUCACCAGUAGUCGAGCAAUAUCCGGUGCUGACACUGGGUGAUCUGCCGGCCGAGAUCCACGAAUGCAUCCUAGACCACCUUUUUGGCUACCGCGUCUCGACCAGCUCUCCCAGCUCUCUCAGCAUCCCAAGUGUGAACGCCCGCAGCUGGAGCACGGCUCUGCGUCACUCGCGAAGGAAGGAACUGUCGAAUCUUGCGCUGGUCAGCCCCUUGUGGCGGGACCUGAUCCAACAGCGACUCUAUCGGCAUAUCAAAAUCAAGGCAACGCUUCGCGACGAUAACGAUGUCAUGGCCUACUUUGUGAGCCGUCCUCACCUACGCACCUAUGUCAAACACAUCGAGAUCUGGUUUCCCGUCUUCCAGCCGAGGUUCGUCACCAACGACGCCGGAGAGGUAUCCUUCGCGCUGCCCACCGUGUCUCCUGAAGGGAUUGCCAGUGCCAUGUAUGGCUUGCCGAUGGAUAAUGCAACGCUGGAGGAAGUCUUCUAUCUUGUGAGCAUGACGUUCCCUGAGGUUCGGGUCAUGACUCUGGAAGGUGGCGAGAGGAAGAAGGCGCCCCCGGUCCAGUUCAAACCGCCAGGACGCAAGAAAGAUGAUGAGGAGGACGAUCAGGAGUUGCCACAGGUUCAAUCAGUUCGAACCCUCAUCGUGAAAGGUCAGUGGAACAUCAUACGACAGGCCGAAAAUUGGGAGAUCAUCUCUAGGGCGUUGCCUAGCCUCGAGGAGUGGCACGGCACUUAUGCCAAGCCCAAAUCUAAGAGCUACCUCAGUAUGGCAAAAACCCUGGAAACUCUCGAUCACAAGAUCACAAAGCUCAACCUGUGUCUCGAGUGUGACUACAGACGCGAGAUGGCGUGUCCUCCGUAUUACCUCAAAGUAUGCGAACAGCUUCAUUGGUGCGAAAAGAUGGCCAAGGCUGCGAGUUUCCUGGAGCACCUGUCCUACACUGGCCGUAUCUGCCACGGAUUCUUCGACGUUCUGGCGAAAUGCUCCAACCCGCGUACUACACGACUAAAGACCAUUGAUCUCACCGUCAAGAACUGCUGUCGGACAAAUGCCCAAUGGAACGAGUCGGGCUCGGGUAUCACCGACAUGCAUUUCAUCGGUGCUUUCGAACAACUGGUUCUGGGAGCCAUACGAGCACUGGAGCGGCUGAAGUCUGUGGAACUCCUGCGGAUCAGAUACGUUGAUCUAGACUCGCCCGUGCCGCCUCUCAACCCCUAUUUUAUGAUCAGAGACGGGUGGUGCUCUGGCGUCUGGUCCGACCAGAUCGUGGCCGAGCUCAACAGCAUACGCCCGGACAUCCGUUUCGAACAAAUGGUGGAGAGUUUCGGCGAAGUCGGCUACAACAAGGAAGGUCGGCUGGUUAUUAGCCCGGAUUUCCCGAAGUCGCGCGUACUCUCCCUCAAACUGGCCAACUACGCCAUGCUCUCGGGGGGGAUCACAAUGCUGUGA